GUGUUGCUAAGAGGGACGCAUGGUUCAGUCUGGGUUCAUGCCUUCUGCACUUAGAAAUGUGUUCAUUUGUCGCCGAUUAACUUGUUAAUUUGCAAUAUUUUGCCACAAAUAUUUUGCAAUAUUUUGCCACACCGCCAAUAUUUUGACUAUCAGACUAUAUACAGCAGCUAUAAUUUAAACAUUGCAACAUGGUUGAUUGUCAACAGGAAUGACUAGUUUAACAGUAAAAAAAAAAAAGGUACCAGUUUUGUCCGGCAUUUCAGUAUGUUGAGAAGGAAGCCUGAGUAAAAGGUUAAAGUCUCAGUUUUGUGCCUUUGGGUGACACAGCUCUUAACCCCCAGCCAGUUGCCAUGCGACUCAAACUCUGAAUCAAAAGGGAUUACCUCAGCUACCACAGAGCUUUCACAGCUGCGUUAUUACUCCAAGGUAGCCGGGGUCUUUUCUCUCAUCGCUGCUUUUCCAGAGAGCGAGUUCUGUUUAAGAUUCAAGCUGUGCUCUUCUCCUCUCUCUUUUCCUUCUUUUCCCUCCCUGCUUCAUCUGUGCUCAGGCUGCAGAUAAGCAGCUUCUAAGUGUGGGGAAAGCAGCUGUUUGUUACAGAUUAUUGCAUCUUAUUUUAGACACUUUCUUCCCAGUGGUGUGUAUAUUUUGUGUGUGUGUUCAGAUUGGAUGUGGCAGGAGCAGCUCCUGUAUUCUACCCUGCAUAGUAAACACCCAUCUCAUUAUCUAAACACAAAGGGACAGGAUGUGGCUGACUCUGCUCUAUGGUUGCGCCGGCGGGGCCGCUCUGCUGUACGCGCUCUACAGAUGGGUGAUUCCUUCUGUCGUGCAGUACCACGCGGGACUCGCACUGGUUUGGCACGACACCAUCGUGGAGGGAUUGCUGAACGCACUGACCCAGACCACGCGUCCUCAGCGGAUGUUGGCUGCAGUGCAGAAGAGUGCCACUAGAGGGGACCCUCGCAGCGUGGUGAAAGCCAUCGAUCAGUUCUGCAGACAGAAGGAGUGGGCCAUGAAUGUGGGAGAUGAGAAAGGGUGCAUCCUGGACUCCGUGGUGACUGAAGUGAACCCGGCGACGGUGCUGGAGCUGGGCACCUACUGCGCCUAUUCCACCGUGCGCAUCGCCAGCCUGCUGCCUCCUGACGCCAAGCUCAUCACCCUGGAGUUCAACCCGCACAACGCCGCCAUAGCUCGCCAGGUGAUCGCUUGGGCAGGACUGGGAGACAAGAUCCAGUUAGUGGAAGGACCGUCUGGUGACUGGAUCCCCAAAAUGAAGGAGAAGUUUGGGAUAGAAACGUUUGAUUUGGUUUUCUUGGAUCACUGGAAAGAUCGCUACCUUCCUGACACAAAGCUGAUGGAGGAGUGCGGUCUCCUCAGGAAAGGCAGCGUCCUGUUGGCAGAUAACGUCAUCUGCCCCGGAACGCCCGACUACCUGGAGUACAUCCGCAACAGCCCCCGAUAUAAGAGCCAGUACUUCAGAUCCCACCUGGAGUACACCAAAGUGGAAGACGGUUUGGAGAAAUCAGUUUUCUUAGGGUAGAUAUUCAAUAAAAGAGCCUCAGUCACACAUUUCAGGAUCAUUCACCAAUCAUAGAACAAGAAAUCCCGUCUCUUUUUCUAAUGUAAUUAAGAUGUUGACUUGAAAAUAAAAGUAACAUGAAAUACAAA